AUGGCGCCAGGCGGGAGCAGCACAACAUGGACGAGCCCGGACGCGGGCGGCAAUGGGGCCCUGAACCAGAAUGCGACCUCGGGCGGCGAUAAUAUCGUGACAUUCCCAGCACCAAACGCCACAGUAUGGGAUAUCCCACCAAAUCCCGGACGGUCGCUGCAGCCAGAUAUUGUUGCAUGUGCUGUCAUCACAUUCCUCAUUGCAUGUUUCUUUGUAGGGCUCAGGUUUUACACGCGGAGAUGGGUCAGCCAGGUCAGGCUGGGGGCUGCAGACUGGUGCAUCUUGCCUGCUCUGUUAUGUGCGGCUGGCGUGGCAGCGAGCGCGCUGGAACAGGUGGUUCACGGCGCGGGCAAGCAUGCGUGGGAAUUGGACCCAACAUCUCUCGCUGCGUUCCAAAAGGCGGUUUGGUACGGCAUCUUUUUCUACAACCUCAGCCUCAGCCUUAGCAGGAUAUCAAUUCUCCUCCUUUUCCGGGUCAUUUUCACCUACAAUUGGAUCAGGCGUACCAUCCAAAUUGUACUCGUCAUCGUCACCGCCAUCGGCAUAUGGCUCGUCGCAACUGUUUGCACGGCUUGUGUCCCUCUAGAGUCAUUUUGGGAUUGGUCACUGUUCUUCAAAGGCCCAGUGUUCUGCCAACCCGCAAACCUAUGGUGGGCGAAUGCUGGACUACACAUCGGCAGCGAUCUAGUCAUCAUGGCACUUCCUAUGCCUGUUCUGUACUCCCUCCAUCUCCCUCGGAGACAGAAGUUCGCCAUUGUAGGCGUUUUCACUCUCGGCUUUUUUGUCUGUAUCAUCUCAGCCGUCCGUCUCGGCAGUCUCGUCCAAUCAACCAAGGACAAGUCCCUUGAUAGUCCUUACACCAAUACCAUUGUUGUGUACUGGACCAACAUCGAGGUCAACGCAGCCAUCUGCUGCGCUUGUAUCAUGACACUCAAACCCCUCAUACAGCGCGUCUUUCCCAGGCUGUUGUCCCCAACUAGCGACACUCGCGACCCUCCUACUCUCGAUUGGAUCACCCCGGUA